GCGGGGGCGGGUACCGGGAGGGACUGGACCGGGCUGGGUUAGGAAGGGCUGCGGCUGCGGGCAGGAUGGGUCCUCGCCGCCGGCUUCGCUGAGACUCGCUCGCGUGGGCUGCCCGCUGCGGGCCCGCAGUGGCCGCGGCAGCAUGAAGGGCGCUCUGGGGAGUCCCGUGGCCGCGGCCGCCGCAGGGGCUGCGAUGCAGGAGAGUUUCGGCUGCGUCGUGGCCAACCGCUUCCAUCAGCUGCUGGACGACGAGUCGGACCCGUUCGACAUCCUGCGCGAGGCUGAACGCCGGCGCCAGCAGCAGCUGCAGCGCAAGAGACGCGACGAGGCUGCUGCGGCGGCGGCCGGGGCCGGGGCGGGCAGCCGGGGCGGCAGGAGCCCUGCGGGGGCCUCGGGACACAGGCCCGGCGGCGGCGGCGGCCGGAGGGAGUCCCAGAAAGAGCGCAAGAGCCUCCCAGCCCCCGCGCAGCAGCCGGACAGCCCCGGGGGCGGCCCGCAAACACCCGGUCAGAAACGGACUCCCAGAAGAGGGGAGCACCAAGGAUGGAACGAUAACUGGGGGACAGAAGUGGCGCUUGAUAGAGCAGAGCGGAGAUCCCACAGGGAAUACCGACCCUAUGAGACUGAGAGGCAGGUGGAAUUCACACCCGAGAAAUUUACAGAUGAAAAACCAGUUGACAGGUUUGAUCGAGACAGACCGCCAAGAGGACGUGGUGGCCCAAGAGGGGCCACGCGAAGCAGAGGCAGAGGUGGUCCUGGAAACAGAGCAUUUGAUGGCUUUGACCAAAGAGGGAAACGAGAAUUGGAAAGAUAUGGUGGGAUUGAUAGAAUGACAAUCAGAACUGAUGACAACAUGGGUGGAUGUGGAGUUCGCACAUGGGGAGUGGGCAAAGAUACCAGUGACGUGGAAUCCAUGGCGCCAAUGGAAGAGAUCACAACUGUGGAUGAGUUCCUGGGCCCCCUGGAGGAGGAAGCAUCGGCCAAACUUCCUGACUCGGAGGUAGAAGAAGAAACUCAAGUUCAAGAGAUGACCUUGGAUGAGUGGAAAAAUCUUCAAGAACAGACCAGACCAAAGCCUGAGUUUAACAUCAGGAAACCUGAGUCCACUGUCCCUUCCAAAGCAGUGGUGAUACACAAGUCCAAAUACAGAGAUGAUAUGGUAAAGGAUGACUGCGAGGAUGAUGCUCAUGUUUUCCGGAAAGCAGCCAAUGACAUCACAUCCCAGCUGGAGAUUAAUUUUGGUGACCUCCCUCGCCCUGGGCGUGGAGCCAGAGGUGGCACACGGGGAGGCCGGGGAAGGAUCAGAAGGGUGGAGAACUAUGGACCCAGAGCAGAAGUAGUGACACAAGACGUUGCUCCAAAUCCGGAUGACCCUGAAGACUUUCCUGCUCUGGCUUGAGAGAGCUCUAUUUCCCUGAUGACAUAAACAGCAUCGGUAUACCUAUAAAGAGACUUUUUUUUGGCUGUGGGGAAGAGAGUCAGACUCUAAGAACAAUAGAUGUUGCUUUUUCCCGUGUAGUGUGAAUUUGUUGCACUUUUUUGGCCUGGGUGUGUAAGUGUGGGGCCUGGACAUCUCCAGAUACUCAGAGUCCAGUCCACACAGAGGGUUAGUCUGGUACUUCCCCAAGAAGGUGGAGAAUAGUGAUUAUUUUUUUAUUUAAGGAAUUCCAAAUGAAAUCAAGAAAUAAUGUUUCAAAUAUGUAUAUAGAGCUUAUAUUAAAUCCUCCACAGAGUAAAGUAAGUUGUAAAAUAGGAUCUACUGAGACUUCUGAAGUAGUCUUACGUUGUAUAGUUAGCAGAAGACUGUAUCCUUUAGUUUUAGAGGAAAUACAUAUAACUUGGAUCAUUCAUUUAAAACUUAAAGCAUAGUUUUCAGAGACCAAAAACAAUACAAUUGUAUUUAAUGUUUACUUGUAAAUGAGAUAUUCUCCUGAAACUUUGAGUUCUAGUUUUCGUUUAACCAAUAAUUUCCAAUAGCUAUUGUGCAGCCACUGGUUAACGUUGUGUGUCAAAAAAUAGGAAAAUGCUAAUUUUUAAAUGGUGAUUUAAACUACCUCGUUAUUCCUGUGUAUGUGCACAGUCUCUCAGAGUAAAUGUGCAUAUUUAGCAUUUGGGUGGUCUUUAUAGGCAUAGUUUUAAAAAAAUUAUGUUAUUUAAUUCAAAUGAAAAGUGGUCCAGCCAAAAGAGUGUUGCAACUUGACACAAUAUCCUUUUCUCCCUCAAAACUAGUCAGAAUUCAGAAACUAUGUACAGAGAACCUCUGUUCUUUUUCUGGGAAGGACUUGUAAAUAACUAUUUAUUGAACACUCACAUGCAGGGUUUUUUUUUUUUUUUUUUUCCUUCACUCGGUCCUCGCACCAAUUCAGGUUCCCAUUUUUUACUUUGGUGGAUAAUUGGGGUUGACUCCUGAGGUUUACGUACAUGCCCCCCCCCCCAAGUGCCACCUAACAGCAAAGUUGCAACCCCAACAUCCUGUGAGUGCAGUGGGGGAGGGACCAGGCCAGGGGAACACCCUGACAGCUGCUGGAAGCUCUCUCCACGUUCCUGAAGAAGCUGCAGUAUCAUCUGCCUGUUGUCAUAGUAUACUUACUGAACCAUGGUCCCAGGAUCUGUGCUUUCUUCUGCUUUGCUAUAUACUUAGGUGGCUCUGAACUUGACCCAAAGUAGAAAUAAAGGUCAGUAUUCCCUCCUA